GGAUGAUGGGUGGAUGGAUGGAUGGAUGAAUAAACUCCGAUGACUGUGGACAUUUCCAGCACAUUCCCGUUCCAGAAGCUCUCUGAGUAACACAGACGUUUACAGGGAGGACGCUGGUUCUGGUCGGGUCCAGACACUCUUCUGAAGUUCUUCUGAGGCCUCCGCUGUACACAACACAUGUACGAAGCACUGCGACAAGAAUGUAGAGCUUUGCAUGAAAAGGAGUAGCAGAUGAAAGACAAAAACAAGAAUAAAGAGAACAAAUCUUUAUUGACACAGCGGACAGUGACAGAGGGAGUGGCCUCUCUGUUUCAUGACCACAGGUCCACUGUGGUACCAUGAGCAGAACCAGGACUCACACUUCACUAACGACUAGAGUGCGGCGUAAAGACACGUACGACAGAAGUGUGUGGAACCUCCAUUAUCCUAUCCUUUACCACGAACUUACCCCACACACAACAAUGGUACAUUCCACUUUCAUGCCCCCCUAAGACACCUGUAUUGAGGUAGAGCGGUCGACCGCUGAUCAGAACAGAUGCGGUUCCCGCCCAUAUGUGUUGAAGUGUCCUUGGGCAAGACACUGAACCCCACGUUGGUCCUGGUGGUUGGCGCCAGUGUUGGGCAGCAGCGCCGCCGUCAGUGAGGCGACAGAAGACUACAGUAAAAGGGGUCACUCCAUGAAUGCCCCCCACCCCCACAACACAUGACCUGCAGAGUUCUGGAGGUUUUGCAGCAUUUGUGUUUCUUAUUUACAGGCUACAGAUGUAGAACUGGGAAAGGUGGAACGGGUUUGGACUUCUCUGGGAGAAACCCGAUAGAGAACGUCGGUUUAUCUGACGCGUCCUGGUUGGAUUUUACGUGACUGACAGGGAGAAGAUGGGUCAGGUACUGACCGAUGGGAGGAGAACCUUGGUCAGGUUCCACCACCGAGUCGUGUUUUGACCGACAAGUGAACGUCUUCAGCUCUAGAACCGGUUCCCCAGCUGUUUGUCCUGUUUGUUCUUUGGAACUGGGGACAACAGAACCAAAGAUCUGGCUUUGGAGUCGAGUGUUUGUCCAAGUUUACGCUAACGUUCAGCUUCUCUUGACCCAAACUCUCAGCUCUCACUUGUGACAUCAUGUAGGGGGCGGAGUUAGAGGUUCUCCAACGAUGAACUUUCUUCAGGUGACAUUUCUGUUGUCUGAUUUCAGGAAUAUCUUCUGACUCCUUGGCCUCAUUGGCUGUUUGCUGUCCUCCCCUCUCUUCCAGGUGACCCGACUGAGGCGGAUCAGGGCCCCGCCCUGGUUCUGGUGGUUUAUGGGAAGUCUUCUUUAUGACCUGAAGGUGGUUUCCCACUUCAGGCGGGUCGUUUCCUUUCUGGAGCUGACAGUGGUGAUGUCAUUACCACAGAGCGGCAGAGGAGCGCUCAUCCUGACCGGGACAUCCCGCCUCUGGAAAAGCCGGUUAGAAUUGGUGGUGAUGGCGUGGUGUCUGCCCCCCGCCCUCCUGAGGCUGAAGCUGAAGCUGCAGUGGGAGUCAGCUGACCUGCAGCAUAAAGGCAGCAGAGCAGAAGCCGGGCACCUGCAGCCUCACCAUGAACUCUUCUCAGAUCCUGUUUUUCACACUCAGCGCAUACGGAGACCCGGGCCCCCUCAGGUUCCUGUACUUCAGUCUGGUCCUGGUCCUGCUGCUGCUCAUCGUGUUCUGUAACGUCCUCCUCAUCGCGGUGAUCUGCGUGACCCGGAGCCUGCAUGAACCCAUGUUCCUGUUCCUCUGCAGCCUGUUUGCCAACGAGCUGCUGGGGAGCUCCGGCCUGUUCCCCUUCCUGCUGCUGCAGAUCCUGGCGGACGUCCACCGGGUCUCUGCCCCCCUCUGCUUCCUGCAGGUCUUCGUCCUAUACCUGUAUGGCAGCGUGGAGUUCUUCAUCCUGGCCGUCAUGUCCUACGACAGGUACGUGGCCAUCUGCCGGCCGCUGCAGUACCACAGCCUGAUGACGCCGCAGAAGGUGGCCGUGCUGGUGGCUCUGACGUGGGCGCUCCCCUUCCUGACCAUCACCGCCCUGGUCGGGAUGAGCGCUCCUCUGCCGCUGUGCAGGAGCGUCAUCGACAAAAUUUACUGUGGGAACUACGCCAUCGUCAAGCUGAGCUGCGCCGACACCCGGCUGCACAACAUCUACGGCCUGUCCUACACCGUCCUCUCGGUGGUGCUGCCCGCCCUGUCCAUCCUCUACAGUUACGCCAGGAUCCUGCAGGUCUGCUGCUCCGGGUCCAGGCAGACCCGGCAGAAGGCUCUGAGCACGUGCACGCCUCACCUGGCCUCCGUGCUGAACUUCUCCUUCGGCUGCUGCUUCCAGAUCCUGCAGAGCCGCUUUGAAACCAGGCGGGCUUCAGACCCGCUGCAGGUCUUCCUGUCCCUGUACUUCCUGACCUGCCAGCCGCUCUUCACCCCCCUGCUGUACGGCCUGAAGAUGGCCAAGAUCCAGGACGCCUGCCAGCAGCUGUUGUGUGGGGGGAGAGCAGCCGCUCCGGCACAGCUGCAGGCCUGAACGGCUCCCGGGGGGUGGGGUUUCCCUACGAGGGACAGAGGACAGCCCCCCGUCCCCCCGCCUUCAGUUCUGGACGGACAGCUGCUGGUCCGACUGUCCUGGUCCUGAGAGACUCGGAGCAGGUUCUGACGCCUCGGUAGUCCUGAAGGUCCAGAUGAGAGGAUGAGGAGGAGAGACGAAGAGUUUAGGAUCAACAUAACUGCCACCAUCACAACCAGAUCACAGUACUCAGAUUACUUUUGCAGACCUGUACUCUGCAUGAUUCCUCUUCUGUUAAAGUGAAGCUUUUGCUCAAAUCCAGAUGGAUGGAUGAUGGAUGGUGGAUGGAUGGUGAGAAGAAGACAACAGGGAGACCUACAAGAUCAAAAAAGAAGCAGAGCAGCAAACCCUGAAGUCGACUUCCUCAGUAAUAAUCAAUCCCAUGACGAUGAUCAAUGACUGGGCCACACCCACCACAAAGAGCUGAUGGUGGCAGAUGUUGUACCGUCUCUGAUUGGAUGAGGAAUGAUGGUGGUCUUAGAGACAGGGUUCUGCUAUUUAGUCUCUUUCUGGAUGUCCUUCAAGUCCAGCUCGCCAUAAUCCCAGACUCAUAGAUCAACAUUUUACCAUCCUGUAACAGAACCAAAGGUUCUCUGUCUAAACCGGACCUAGAGAGACGGGUCUGCAGCAGGUUAGACGCGGGAAGGAUCUGGACUCAGCAGCUCAUCCAGAACCCGGGUUGUUGGGUUUGUGUUCAGGUCUCUCCAGGGUCUGAUGUCAGACAAAGUUCUACGCUGACGAUAUUCAGGUAUACACUAAAGCCUUAGAUUGGUCUUUACUGGACUCUACUGAUUGAAUCUGGCUUGAAUCUGGUUUAAGUUCUUAUUGCUGAUUUUGUUUCUGUAAAACACUUUGAAUUUUCUUCUGUAUAAACAAACUAAAUAAACCGGCUUCAGUUUCAAACCAGUUCAGGUUGUGUUCCUACUUUGGAGACGAGUGGAGACGGUCUGAUGAG